GAGGUACCGCGUGCGAGGGCGGUGUGGCCCGCGCCCUGCUGGCCCCGCUCUCGCGUUCCGGCGGGUCCUCUCGUCGAUUGUCCCUGUAGUAACGAUGGGCUGUCGUGGCGGGUGAGGAAUGUGGUAGUGUUUGAAGGAGAAGGCUGACCGCAGCAUUUGCGACACUUCGCCGGGUGAUACGGCUUUGUGGGGAUCGGGUUUAGUGUGCGUGACUGGCGGAGGAAUUUCAAAGAUUUGAGCCUUGGCGGUGCCGACUGAAGCUGCUAUGAGGAUGGUGUUAUUUUGUACGGGGUUCUUAUAAACUUUGCGAAGAAGACAGCUUUUCCAUAAUGAAGGACAAACCUAAUUCAAUCAGAACUUAUGAUGCUGAAGGCUAUCGUCUGCGUGCUGCUGGUGUAUGUGUGAAGGAUGAGGAAGAGAAGGAGGUGCUACUCGUGUCAUCGUCAAAGGAGCCCAACAAGUGGGUUGUGCCGGGCGGCGGUGUGGAGCCGGACGAGCAGCCGGACCGGGCCGCCGUCAGGGAGGUCCGCGAGGAGGCUGGGGUCGAGGGUCACCUGGGCCGGUGCCUGGGUGUGUUCGAGGUGAGCAACACGGAGAGGAAGCACCGCACGGCCGUGUACAUCCUGGUGGUGACGUCCGAGCUUCCUGAGUGGGAGGACUCCGUGAACAUCGGCCGGCGGCGGAAGUGGUUUGACUUGGAGGACGCCGUACGGAGGCUGAACGACAACAAGCCCGUGCAGUCGGGGCUACCAUCAGGUGGCGUGGCGUGGCGGGCCUGA